AUUGUCAAUGAAGAAAGGCAGACUUUUUCAAAAGGACUCUAAACUGUCAUGGUAUCAGAGAUAUAGCUCUAAAUUUCCAUUUGUCUCGUGCUCUCAAGUUUCUUAGUCUCGGUUAUUCUUGUUCUAGUUCUGUUGACCUCAUGUCUUCCGAUAAGUCUGAUGUUUCUUUGAUUCGUUUCAAUGGCAAGAACUACUCUGCUUGGGCGUUUCAUUUCAGGAUUUUCGUCAAAGGUAAGGAGCUGUGGGGACAUGUUGAUGGCAGUAACCUAGCUCCUGACAAAGACAAAGACAAAGACCGACACGCCAAGUGGGAAGUCAAGGACGCACAAGUUAUGGCAUGGAUUUUGGGAUCCGUUGAACCCAACAUCAUCUUGAACCUUCGAUCUUCUCAGACUGCAGCUCAGAUGUGGACAUACCUGAAGAAGGUCUACAGUCAACAAAACACUGCUCGUCGUUUCCAGCUUGAACAUGAAUUGGCCACUCUCUAACAGGAUAGUCUUUCUAUCUCUGAUUUUUACUCUAGAUUCACUAAUCUUUGGGCUGAAUACACUGAUAUAGUUUAUGCUGACUUACCAUCCGAAGGUUUUAGUUCUGUUCAGUCUGUCCAUGAAACUACUCAGAGGGAUCAAUUUCUAAUGAAACUAAGGUCUGAAUUUGAAGGCACCAGAUCCAAUCUUAUGAACCGAGAAUCUGUCCCCUCCUUGGAUACAUGCCUAAAUGAUCUUCUUCGCGAGGAACAGCGCCUUCUCACUCAAACCACCAUGGAACAACGACGAUCUACAUCUGUUCCUGUAGCCUAUGCAGCACAAGGCAGGCCACGAAGCAGGGAUAUGAGCACUGUUCAGUGCUUCUGUUGCAAGGGAUUUGGUCAUUAUGCUGCAAACUGUUCCCGAAAAUUCUGCAACUAUUGCAAAAAGGAUGGCCAUAUCAUCAAGGAAUGCCCAACUCGACCCCCUAAGAAAUCGGAGACAGCAUAUACUGUCUCAGUUGGCUCUUCUAGUGCGGGUAGUUUGGUGAAUACAACACAAAGUGCUCCUGCUCCUGCUCCCGUUUCAGUCCAACCCGUGACCCCUGACAUGAUUCAACAAAUGAUCAUUUCUGCAUUUUCAGCUUUAGGACUCUCAGGAUCAACAGUCAGGGCGGAUGAUCGCGAGGGGGCCUAAAGUGGGACGUCUUUUUCCUCUUCAAUUUCCUUUGUCUUCUUUUUCUUUGCCUUUUGUCGCUUGUAAUUCUGCUCAUGUUGAUUACCGAGCGUGGCAUAAACGUCUCGGACAUCCAAACUCUAAUGUACUUCAUGCUUUAUUGAAAUCUGGU